AUGUCUACUAGAAAUAAUUCAGCAAGAAACAAACGAGGUACCCCUCGUCGCCGAAAGAUCGCACUCGCAUGCGAAACAUGUCGAGAAAAGAAAGUGCGGUGCGAUGGCGAAAAACCAAUAUGUGGACCUUGUUCCCGACGAUCGUACCCAAUUGAUCGAUGUGUUUAUAAAAUUGAAAAUGCUCGCUCGGCAAGCAAUGAUGCAUAUUUAAAGAUACUCCAUGACCGUAUUCGAGAGCUUGAAGAAGCGUGUACUCAGAACGGAGUCUCGGUCCCGCCUGCGCCUCAAACUGUCCAUGAAGGAGAAAAUAAAACCACUGAUGGCACUAACGAGGCCGAAUCAAACGCGAGUGAAUUGGACGCGGAGUCCAAAACUUCCGUUGCGGCGGAGGGAUUACUCGGUUUAGGCACUCAGCCUGCUUUGCGACACUCAUCAACACCUAUUCCGACACCAGCGGCCCCGCAGCCAAUUCUGUCACCUAUUAAUUCUCAAUCAACGAGAACGGGCCCCGGACAAAGCAACACCUUGUUGCAGGGAAGUCUGCAAUCCCGGGGACCUAUACAGCCACCCCCGAUAGGCGCGUGCUUAUACCCGUCUCCACUGAACUCUCAUGGCAGUGUUACGGCAAUGGGCGCAAUAUCAGUUGCAGAUGAUGGUGACUGCAAUGACUCGCCUAGAGAACAAUACUACGGUAACUCCUCUGCAGCCUCGUUCAUGCGUCUUGCGAGGAAUUCGAUACCUAUUCAAUCACAUGGGCAAAAUCUGAAAGGUAUCGACCGUGAGCCUUCUAGUUUAUUAGACCAAAAUACAGGACUUUGGCAAGAUCUGAACACUACGACCACUCCGCCAGGGUUUCAAUUCAGCGAUUUUUCCCUACCACCACGGCCAUUGGCUGAUCAUUUACUUGAGUGCUACUGGGAAAGAGUCCAUUGUCUUUAUCCCUUUUUUCACCGGCCAAGUUUUGAGAAGGCAUAUGAGAACCUUUGGGGGUCAUCUAGGUGGCCGAAACCCAAUUUGCCCCAGUUAAAUAUUGGUCUGGGAGGCUCAUUUGACUCCGGCCCCCAGUCGAUUGUCUUUCACUGCGCUUUGAACACAAUCUUUGCUCUGAGCUGCCAUUUUUCGGAUAUUCCUGCUGGGGAACGUGAAACAGCUGCAUACACAUUCUUCCUUCGGGCUAAGCGGUUCGUCGGUCUAGACCUACUUGAUAGAUGUACAAUCGGCGUGGUUCAAACUUUGCUUAUCGUGGCACUCCUUCUCCAGAGUACGCCCUAUCCGAAUCGAUGCUGGAAUUCAAUCGGGUUAGCUUGCCGAGUCGCUCAAGGACUGGGUUUAUAUGAAGCCCCGACACAGAAGUCGAUAAGCCCUCUAGAAAAAGAGGUGCGGUGUCGAACUUGGCAUGGAUGUGUCAUGAUGGAUAUGAUCGUGAGCAUGACAUAUGGUCGACCAAGCAUGACAUCUCAUAUUUUGCCUGUUCGCCCUGUCCCUCCUCCAGCUAUGCGGCCAUCUUCCCACUGUGAAGACCCAUGCGCUCUCAGUGAACAGCCUUGCGAUCAUGAACUAGGAUAUCUCACAUUCUAUGUUUCCACUAUUGAACUUUACGAGAUCCUCGAAUCUAUCCUAGCAGAUGUCUAUAAUGCAUGGCAGGGUCGUGCAGAUCACCAUCGCAGUAUAUCUGUUACUGGUGUCCGACAAAACAGCUUGGAUUUGAUGAUGGAGCUAGAUGAUAAGCUUUCGGCUUAUGAGGCUCAGAUUCCUCCAAUGCUCAACUGGACCACUGCACAGCCUUUAGGCUCUGUUCACUCUUCACCAGUGCUUCAGCGCCAACGGAACGUCUUACGAGCAAGAUGCAUCCAUCUUCGCUUGUUAUUGUAUCGCCCGAUGUUUACACAAGUCUGUUCCGAAGAACGAAUCGGUCUUACAGAACCCAGAAAAAGCACCAGUCGACCCGAGAAGAGUGUCAUUUACACAUCCACAUCCGUGAACUGCGCCGUGGCCUGCGUGAAAUCAGCCAUCGAACUAGUAUCGCUAGUAUACGAGACAUACCAGACGUCAGUCACAGAUGCCUGGUGGUACAAUGGAUUCUAUACAUCCACAGCCGGAUUUGUCCUUAUUAUGUCUCAUUCCUGCAGCGCCAUUCUGAAUCAAAUAGAUCUGCGCACUGUCGCCGACACGUGGCGCAAAUGCGAAAAGAUUCUCAUUCACAUGGCACCUUUCAGCAUUUCUGCGCGAAGCUCGCUCCAAUUUCUUCAAGUCACGCAUGAUCAUAUCGUGCACAAUUACAACUCUUCUGUCAGCGAGAACAGCCAACCAUUCACCGGUCAAUCGCAUCAGAGGCGAGCUCCCAGGACUGAAGCGGCUGCCCAACCCUCCGAAGCCUCAAUGCAUGAAUCUGAGCCCUCGGGCUUUCAGAAAGAUGUACCAGGUAUCAAUCCACUAGUAAGUUGGGAUGAAAUCGGUCAAGGUCAGGACGAAUUCGGAUUCCUCGGGCGAUUCGACAUGCCUGAUAUCGCCAGCUGGUUCUCCGAUCUGCCAGACCCAUCCUCCUUCUAG